AUGGUGCAUGUCAAAGGAAUCGCUCUGACUCUGAUCUGCAUCUGCAUUAUGCAUGACUUUCUUCUGACAAGCGCUCAGGCAAAGAAGGGUGAGAAGGAUGGCAAGGGAAAAAUAAAAGACAAGCAGCAGAAGCUUCCUCCAAAGCCAACAAGUCAGAAAAAAAUUGCCUUAAAAAGCCAGAAUGAACCCUAUAAAGGCAAGUUUUCAAACAAGGACGGGAUGCAGUGCACAUGGGUAGCUCUGAGCAGCAACAUUAAGGAAGAUGGAACGUUCAUCCUGAGUAUCAGCUGCAAAAAGGGCACAGAGAGCUUAAACUGUGAGUACAAGGCCAAACCGAGGUUGUGUACUGAGUAUGCAUCCAGCGUUGAAGUGUACUGGAAGCAGAUUGGCCGCUCACUAAGAAAGCAGAAGAAACUGUGUCUAGAUCCUAAAGCGCAGCUUAAAGCUAAGAUGUGUGGAAAGUCACCAAAGGAUGCACACUUCACGCUCGACACCACAGCUAAGGGCAGUCCAGCUUCCGGUAGAAGAGAUAAACCAUGCCCAAAUCUGGCGAAUCAGCAGAAACUGGCAAAAGAGUACUGCAGCUCCACCUGGUCUUCGUUCUGCACAUUUUUCUUUGCUAUGGUUGAAAAUGACGAUUGCUGA